CUUCUAAGACAACGUGGACAAAGUUUUGAGUUUCUUUAGCAUGCUAUUCCAAAACAAAUAAUGGAGAAAGGGAACCCACAAAACCACUUGGAAAGAUUGCUUGGUGGAUGUUUUCUUCAGACUGUGGAGAUCUUUAUAGUGCUUUUUCGCAUUCUUAAUUAAUUAAUAGGCCUUGUCUUGUACUUUUUUGCCUUGUUAUGGAGGUGUUUGUGUAGAUUCUUUCUUUCUUCAUCAUACUAUAUAUUUAAGCACAUCUUGGCAGGUAGGAUUCCUCUAUCUUCAUUUCAACAGGAAACCUGUUGUUCUAGAGAGAUGGAUCAUGCUGUAUUGCUUCAGAAAAUUCUUGUUGUUUCAUUUAUUGUUGCUCUUUUUUGGAAGAUAAUUAGAUAUAUGUGCAACCUCCUUAAUGUAGAAAAAGAACCUGUGAGGGUUCUUGUAACUGGUGCUGCAGGCCAAAUAGGCUAUGCUAUUGUUCCAAUGAUUGCCAGAGGUGUCAUGCUAGGCCCUGAUCAGCCUGUAAUUCUUCACCUGCUUGAUAUUGAACCUGCAGCUGAGGCCUUGAAUGGGGUCAAAAUGGAAUUGAUUGAUGCUGCCUUUCCUCUGCUCAAGGGAGUUAUAGCUACUACGGAUCCAAUUGAGGCUUGCAUGGGUGUCAACAUUGCAGUCAUGGUCGGUGGCUUUCCUCGGAAGGAAGGUAUGGAGAGGAAGGAUGUGAUGUCUAAAAACGUGUCAAUCUACAAGGCUCAAGCUUCAGCCUUGGAGAAGCAUGCUGCUGAAGAUUGCAAGGUGCUGGUAAUCGCCAACCCAGCUAACACCAAUGCACUCAUCCUGAAAGAAUUUGCUCCUUCAAUCCCAGAGAAAAACAUCACAUGUCUUACGAGACUUGAUCAUAACAGAGCAUUAGGCCAAAUAUCUGAGUGCUUAGAUGUACAAGUUAGUGAUGUGAAGAAUGUCAUCAUCUGGGGAAACCAUUCUUCAACUCAGUAUCCAGAUGUCAACCACGCGACUGUACAGACCAGCAGCGGGGAGAAGCCUGUCAGAGAACUUGUCUCUGAUGAUAAAUGGUUAAAUGCUGAGUUCAUCACCACCGUGCAGCAGCGUGGUGCAGCCGUUAUCAAAGCUAGAAAACUAUCGAGUGCAUUGUCUGCUGCCAGCGCUGCUUGUGAUCACAUACGCGAUUGGGUUCUUGGGACACCCGAGGGAACAUGGGUUUCCAUGGGGGUGUAUUCUGAUGGAUCUUAUGGGAUUCAACCUGGCCUUAUAUACUCUUUUCCGGUUACCUGCGAGAAGGGCAAAUGGUCCAUUGUGCAGGGACUCAAGAUUGACGAUUUCUCGAGGGCAAAGAUGGACGCAACAGAAAAAGAGCUUGUGGAGGAGAAAUCGUUGGCCUAUUCAUGUCUCAAUUGAUCAUCCGUACGAGGAGAAUAAUGAAGGAGAUCACUCUUAACAUACCUAUGAAGAAUAAAGAAAAUGCGCUUUUGCGUUGUAAUUUCAGACGAUGAAUGAUACAUUGGUGCCUCUUAUCCUACCAGUUGUGUUCUAUUCUUUUA